AUGUCUUCCAACAGUCUCCUUCAAAGCAUUGUCGAUGCCAAUGGUGGCCUAGAAUACUGGAAAUCGGUCCAAUCCCUUUCUGUAGAAUUCGAGUUUUUGGGGCCGGCAUUAGAGAGCAAGGGGCUUCCAGGGCCCUAUAAGGCGGAGAUUACAGUUGAUACAAAAUCCCAAAAGGUCAUCUUCAAGCAAUUCGGCGAUUUCCACGGCUCGUGGUCCCCUACGCGAACUGAAGUUGGAAAAGUCGGUCAGCAGGCCCUCGAUGUUCGAGAGAAUCCCAAAGCCGCUUUCAGCACUCAUACCUCUGAAUCGAAAUGGGACAUUCACAAUCUCUUUUGGUUCGUAGGCUAUGCGUUCUGGAACUAUUUCAACUUUCCAUUUUACCUUGAGCAAAACCCGGAGAUCAAAACUCGCGAGCUAGAACCACUUAUUCGCGAGAAUGGCGAGAAAUGGCCUGUUUUGGAAGUCGUAUUCCCUGAUGGAUACCCGACCCACACCAAAAUCCAGCGUUUCGAUUUGGACCAUCAGUAUCGACUGAGGCGAAUGCGCUACUCUGUGGAUGUUUUUAAGAAUGAUGACCUCCCAGCUUGGCAUAACUGCUUUAAUCAUGCUGUCGCUGGGAAAAUCAGCUAUCCAACUUUACGGGUUGUGAAUAUAUCUGUCCCAGAAUUUUCAUUCUUUUCCCCUUUUAUGUUGAGGGAUGUCAAGCUGGAAGUCAAUCACUCCUGA